GUCUCAUUGGUAGUCAAGUUGGCGCCUUCAUACGACCUUGCUCAGAAACGUUUGCUGCUGAAGCUGCAUGUCCAAAGUAGCCAAGGUCACGCUCGUCGGCGCUGUCCUUGCGUCCACCAUCGUAGUAUGGGGUGUUCACUUUCUCCAGAGGCGGGAGGCGGACACAAUGCACCAAGGAGUAUUACGAGACGAUGAGCGAAGGAAGGAAAAGAUGCGACAACGAGAAGCAGAGUUCCUGGAAUCGCAGCGCAAACGCGCACUAUAUGAAAGUGUACAACACGUGCCCACGAAGGAUAGCCAGCCGAACUCAUAACAUUGGCUUCCCCAGCGUAUACCAAGUUAUUAACACUCAAGGGAGCGUCAAUGGCAGCAAAGUCUUGCACGAGUUUAUAUUCUCCAGGCUAUAUCCAUGUCCGAUGAAUACAUGCACUGGAUGUGC